UUUUAAUAUUAUUAAUAUUAAAAUAAAAAUAAUAACAUAGUGUUAUAUGGUAACUUGAAUUAUAAAUUAAUUGUACAAAUUUAAUUAGGAUUCUUAUUUGUCUUACCAAAAAUAAAAAAUACAUAAUUUCUUGUGUUUUCUUAGUUGUAUUAACGUUCUUCUUUUUCUACAUAAACCAUUGAAGCAACCAACUAUCCACCAUUGAAGCAAUUUGAAACAAUUAUCAUGGUAGCGUUUUCCUCGUAUAUCUUUUUUUACAUAACUUAUUAAGUCUUUUUCGCAACAUGAAUAAACGUUUCAAAGAAAUAUUCUUGUUUUAAUGUAUGAAGAAAUUUAUGUUUUGUAGUGAUGAAGAUAUUUAAAGAAUACGUUUAAGAACUUUUUAGCAAAUUGAAGAAGUUCAAUACAUUAGCCAUGAAAAAUAUUUAAAAUUUUAAAGCUAACUUACCCUAUCAGUCUAAUAUCUAAUAAUUGUGUAUUGCAGGAAACUUUUGAAAUCUCUAAUUUAGAAGAGCAAAAUGCAGAAGGAAUUGAAGAUUCCUUGGAGGAUAUAGAAAGCAACAUGAAUGCAGUUGUAUCUUUUGUUCCUCAACUAGGUGAGCAAGAAUUAAGAGAGCCUUACAUCGGUAUGGAAUUUCAAUCACUUGAUACUGGAUUUAAAUUUUAUCUUGAUUAUGCUCAUCGUAAUGGUUUUAGUGUGCGCAAAAAUCGAAUUAGUAGAUCAAGAAAAGAUAAAUCCAUUAUUGGUCAAGAGUUUGUUUGUUCAAAAGAAGGAUUUCGUUCAAAAAAAUGUCUUGAGAGUAAUAAGCAACGAGAUGAGACUAGAGAGGGGUGCAAAGUGAUGAUAUAUAUGUCAAAGAAAGAAGAAGAAAAGUGGGUUAUAGCUAGGCUUGUCUUGAAUCAUAAUCAUGAACUUGCUUCUCCUAAUAGUCAGAAAUUCUUGCGAUCAAAAAGAAAAAAAUCAGAGGCUCAAAAAAAUCUUAUUGAUCUCUUAAAUAAUUCUGGUAUUCGUCCAAGUAAAAUCGCAUCAGUGUUAACUACUCAGGCGGGAGGCAUAGAGAAUCUCAAUAUAACUGGACGAGAUAUUCAGAAUUAUUUGAGCACUAAAAGGCAAAAUUGUCUUGAGAAAGGAGAUGCACAAUUGAUGUUGAAAUACUUUCAAAAGCGACAAUCUGAUAGCCCAGGAUUCUUUUAUGCAAUACAAAUGGAUGUGGAGGGUCAUUUAGCUAAUUGUUUUUGGGUAGAUGCUAGGUCUAGGAUAGCUUACAAGAAUUUUGGAGAUGUUGUCCUAUUUGAUCCUACAUACUUGACAAAUAAAUAUAAGAUGCCUUUUGUUCCAUUUACCGGAGUUAAUAACCAUCACCAAUCCAUUUUAUUUGGAUGUUCUCUUCUUUGGGAUGAAACGGAAGAAACUUUUCAGUGGUUACUUCAUACUUGGCAAGAGGCAAUGUUUGGUAUUUCCCCUCGUACAAUAAUCACAGAUCAAGAUGCUGCAAUAACAAAUGCAGUUGCAAAGGUGUUCCCGAAUAGUGCACACCAUUUUUGUAUGUGGCACAUUGAGAAGAAGAUUCCUGAAUAUCUAAGUCAUGUUUUUCAUGCAUUUGAUGAUUUUAAAAAUAAGUUUAGUAAGUGUUUACAUUGUACAACAACUCCUGAGGAAUUUGAAAUUGCUUGGAUCGAUAUAAUGAAAAUGUACAAUUUAGAAGAGCAUAUUUGGUUGCGUAAGAUAUACACCAUUCGCGAGAAAUGGAUUCCAGCAUAUGUGCGAACUACUUUUUGUGCUGGAAUGUCAACAACUCAAAGAAGUGAAAGUAUGAAUAAAUACUUUAAAGAUUAUCUUAACUCUAGUACGCCAAUGAGUGUAUUUGUGACGCAAUAUGAUAAAGCUGUUGACGCUAGGUAUGACAAAGUAAGGGAGAAGGAUUAUAAGACAAAGCAUUCAAAGGCUAUCUUGAAAACAUUAUAUCCAAUGGAGGAUGAAGCAGCCAAAAUAUAUACCAGAAAAAUAUUUCAAAAAUUUCAAGAAGAGUUAAUUCAAUCUCAAAAAUUUAUUUCAGAAAAAAUUGAGGUUCAGGAUGGGAUACAUAUUUAUAAAGUGCAUUUGUUUCAGAGAGAAACACCGACAUAUAUUGUUAGGUUGAAUCUUGAAUUAAAGAAUGCUACUUGUUCUUGUCAUAAGUUUGAGUUCAUGGGAAUUUUGUGUAGACAUGUGCUUAUGAUAUUUAUAAAGAAACAGAUUCACUCGCUUCCACCAUGUUAUUUAUUGGAUCGAUGGACAAGGUAUGCAACUACAGAAAAAGCUAAUGACAUUUCAAGUGCAGGAUCGCUUGCGUAUAAUCUGAAGUCUUCUACUAUAUGGUUUAAUAACAUUAUGACACAUUCUCUUGGGCUCUCUGAACGAGCUACUCGUUCAGAAAAGCAUUAUAAAUUUACAUAUCAGAAAUUGUUGCAACUAAGUAAAGAACUUGAUGAACUUCCAUAUGAGGAUAAUGAUAAUGUUUGUGAUGAUCAAGUUAACGAGUCAAAUAAUGAUUUGAACUCAAGUGAACAAAGAGAAAAAUUUAGUUUGCUUGACCCUCCAUGCGUGGCUACUAAAGGACGUCCUCGUUCUUUGAGAAUGAAAAGUGGUUUAGAAAGUUCUCAGAAGGUUAAAAGAAGCUCUUCGCUGAAAUCAAAAAGAGAAACCAAAAUCAGAAAAAAAGGCAAAGGAGUAAGUUCACACAUUAAUGUUGAAAAGGAAUUCAAUAGCAGGGAAACAAUCAUUAAUGCAGAUCCUACAAUGGAAUUCUCAGCAUAUUCAGAACCUUUUGAAGGGCAAAGUGGUCGUGCUGAUUCAUAUCCAACCUCAUUUAUGGUGGGUUUAUUUUACUGCGCUUGUAUGUAUUUUAUUUAUAACAUAUAUGCAUUUGUAAACAAUUACUGUUUCAGGAUUUGAUGAGAGCAACUUCGUAUCCGUAUCAAAGAGGUUUCUAAUCUACAAGGUGACUUGGAGUUUGUGGAAUUUAAAACUAUAAAGGAUGUCUAGAGAGACAAUUAUUCAAAAUUCAUUUUGUUCUGUUUUCUUUCUUUGGCAGAAUAUAAAUCCAGGGAUAUUUUUUGUUCAAGACUUUUUUUUCUUUUAAGUUUACAUACAAUAACUCAUAGUUUUAGCUUUAGUUUUUUUUUGUUGAUUGUGUUUUUAUUCAUAGUGAAUUAGUUACUCUUUUAUGCCUUCAUAUAUGUUAGCAAGGAUACUCCACUCUCUGAUACAUAGCAGCAGCAAUAACAACGUAUAGCAACAAAAAAUUUUCACCGAAAGAAUAAAAUUUGUAACCAAGCAUGCAAUUGUGAUUAAAUCAUGGGUCAUGGGUCGUAUUUAAUAGUGUUUGAUUUUGUUUGCUUACUCUUAUAAGUUUGAAUAUGUUGAUUUUGUUGCACUUUAUGUUUCUGGAAUAGUUUCAUAUUAAUAUUUUGCUAGCAUUGCUUCAAUGGCAA